AUGUCUACGCAUCCCGAGCUCGAAGCAUCAGUUCUUCUCGCUCUUCCGCUUGUGACACUAGAGACGCCAACCGCAUCUACUUCCGGCACCCUCACGGUCUCAGUCCUGACUCAUGCGCCGUUCUCACUGUCCUCGUCUGCCAGUGACCCUACCGAUGCUACUCCUCCGACAGGUCUGUCGUAUCUCAUCCUCCACCUCAAUGCGUUUGAGCUGCCCAUCGAUCCCUCGCGGCCCAUAAUUUGCACCUUGUCUUCCACUGGUUCACGCGCAUAUACCCUGUACUGUCUUACGCCACCCAGCGACCAUGCCGAUCUCAGUUCCUCGGACGCGAUCCGCCUGCAUGUCCCAGCCCCGUCUGCCGACGACCCCCGCGUCCUGGAAGAUCUCAACAUGCUAGACGCCAUAUUUGCGGAAUACACCCAAUUCCACACGGAGCCGCGAGCACAGCAACAAGUGGGGCACGAUGCAUCCGCCUUCGGGACUCUGGAGGGGGCGGGCAGCAAGGGAACAGAGCGGGAUGAUCUGCGCGGUCGAUUGGUUUUGAUGGAUGAGACGAGCGGGGAAGUGGUGGGCGAGCUACUACAGGAUCUACGGAUGACGGAAGACGCUGCGCUUGCUCGGGAUGGAGACUCUACAGGAGGAUCUGGCGAGAAGCCAACGGCGGGCCCGGUCGUACUGGAGCUCCCGCCCGAAGUGUAUGAUGCGUAUGUUGGGAGCACUGGAGCGCAGCGUGGGGUCGCGGGGGAGGCUGUCGAUAUCGGUGCGCUUGCUGCAGCGCGGGAGAUCUUUGUGCGGGCGGUCCUGCCUGAGGAUCAGGAUUGGAUUACCAGGUCUGCAUCAUUCAUCAGCUGGGCUAUAGACUCCUCUACUUCCGUGCUGCUAAGCGGCAUCACAACGGCGUCGACAUUUUAUAUCAAUCAUUCCACACCCUCUCCGUACGCCUCUUCCUCAUCUGCCUCAUCUGCCCCACGUACCCCCGACUCGCGAGAAGACUCAUCCGCCCUGCUGUCCGCGGCUCAACCCACCCCAUCUUCGUCUCCCGCACCGGUACCCCUUCCCCUCCCGCUCCAGAUCCUCUCCUCUCCCCGCACACACGCAGCACUCUCCAGUGCGCAAGUAUUCAGCAGGCAGGCUAUGCGCCUAAGCCAUCGCACGGCCGGCUUUAUCGAUGACCUCUUAUCGCGCGUAGUCAGCGGGGUUUCGACCCAGCAAACUAGCACUUCCACCUCAAAUGCGGCCACGAGACCGGACGGGGAGAAGGCCGACGCACCUCCGCCACCGUACGAUGCGGGCGCUAGCCAAGUAGGAAGCCAGAGGGGGGAGAAGCCGCUCCUGCCGCCCUCGCGCACCCAUACUCCUCAACCCGAGAAGCUGGAACCUCGUACACAGGCAAACCAGAUGCCCGCGGCUGAGCAGCAGCUGCCCACGCGAGACCGCCUCGCGCUCUCCGCGAACCUCGUACUCGCGUCGGUGGACGACUCUGCGCGGCGCGUGUGGGAAGUCGGGAGCGAGCGCCUGGCAGCCGUGGUUGAGCACAAAUAUGGCCCUGCUGCGGCUCACUCGACGACGCUCGCGGCGCACACCGCGCGCAACGUUGCGCUGGUGUAUAUUGAUAUGAGCGAUUCGCGCGCCGCGCGCUGGAUAAGCGAGAUCCACGAGGACCACACCAACGCGUUCUCCUCAUUAUUAGUUGACCCAUUGCGAACGUCAGGUUAUUGGACUCGGUGCCACGACUCCGUAGACCUUCUCAGGUAUCUCAGGAAAGCUGGACAGGGCCAUCGAGCUAUGCAUCUGCCGCACCCGUCGGGGAACAUGCAGCGUCCGCCGUCAGCUAUUCAGGACGUGCUCCCCCGUAACAAGGGUAACGGUAGGCCAGUGUCGACGGCGAAUGAUGCUUUCCAAGAUGGAGGCGAUCAAUAUAUGGCGACGGAGGCUGACUACAUGAAGCCUCUCUCUGCCGUUCCAUCGCAUCUUCGUCGUGCCCCUCACCAUCGCCCUUUACCCAUUUUGACAUCAGCAAUAAUGGACUUGCCCACUCCUUCUGCCGGGUCGUCCGAUGUUUCGAUGUUGACGCCAGUUUGA